AUGGCCAAUGGCUGUCUAAGAUGCAAACAAAGGCGAAUCAAAUGCGAUGAAACGCUUCCUGUGUGUAUUCAAUGCACCCGUAAAGGUUUCGAAUGCCCGGGAUACAAACGUCCUUUGAAGUGGUCAUCCAAAUAUGAGGUGGGGAAAAGUGACAAUAAUAGCGCAGCACCGAAGUCUUCCGAGCGGGUGCUUCAGAGGACAGAGCCCAUUCAUUCAGUGGAACCCAACUUGUUCGAGUCCACAGUGUCGGACAGUACCACAUGUUUCCUGUCUAGGCAGACAGAUCUCCAUUCCGCGCAGGACGAGACUGCUGCUAGAUCAGACCCCGUAUUCAUCUCUGCGGCAAACUGUUUGCCGUCGAACGAUAUCUGGGCUCCUUCAAGUCUGCUGGGAUAUGAUUGUGGUGAUUCAUGGACAAGAACCUUUAUAGCGCAACGGACUUUGUCAACUCCACAAGACGAUGACACUGCACUUCUUUGGCAUUACUUCUCUAAUGUUUGUCCUGUCAACUCGUGCUUUGACUCACAAAAGAACUUCCUCCGCGUCGAAGUGGGAUCCCUGAUAAGCUCCCGACCUCUGAUUCACUACUGCGUGCUAUCAAUGUCCGCCGCUCAUCUGACAACAAAACAAAGGGAUAUGAUGACGAUAACACUGCGGCACCGGACAAGUGCACUCUCCUGCUUGAAGGCAAAACUCACAAAGGGGUUUCUGGUACAAGAAAUAAACAAUGGAUCACCGCUCGAUGAAAUUGCCGAGAUAUUACUUGGUAGCAUACUUUUGGGCAUGACAGAGGGGUGGCAUGAUCCAACUCAACUCGGAGUAACACAUCUCCAUGGUGCACGCAGCUUGUUCCAGAAAUGGAUUACCACCGUCCCAGCGCGCUGCCCCCGAACAAGAGACACAAUCACAGGGAUCAUGUCCUACUGGGAAGCAGUCGCUUCUUUUGUACACAGCCAGUCUCUGGACUCGAUUUCCUACCUGAUACCGUACAGUCUCGAGGACGAGAAGUGCACCAUCUACGUCAAUCCCUGGACAGGAAUCUGCACACCACUUUUCAUACAUCUGGCCCAAAUUGGUAUAUUGACAAAGCAGCGAUCUCUUGCCCGACAAUUGUCUGUAGGGUGGGGCCAUGUAGGCCCCGACAUGCUCGAGCAGGCUAGAGCAAUUGAAACUGCGCUCCUUUCCUACAAAAUCCUACCAACGGAUCGCAUAGAAGACACGGUUGAUUCCCGGACACCUGUCGACCACCUCCAACGAAUUGCACGCGUCUACCGGCUUGUAGGAUUACUUCAGCUCUAUAUGACCUUCCCCGAACUGCACGGAGGCCCUUCUGUGGAUACUAGUCUAACCCACAGUAUCUUGAACCUGGCCGCCAAUGUGCUUACCACCGUCGGGGUGCUUCCGCCAACAUCUGGAGUUUAUUGUGUCCUCACGCUUCCAUUAAUUAUCGCGGGUAGCGCUCUGCAACUUCCAUGUUUCUCGACCGAUGUCCCCGCAUCCAUACUGCAGCAGGAUACCUAUCUUUUCUGGAGGGAAUUCGUGCGCGAGCGCAUCAAGACCGUUCAGGAAAUUGUAGGACUCGCUGUUAUUGACCGCGCGCAGAAGAUUCUCGAUAGGGUGUGGUUUCUAGCCGACGUGAGAAGGGCCGCUGAGGGGCCUGGCCAGGAAUGGGAAUACAUCCAGUGGACCGAAGUGAUGAGCUCCGAGAAGCUGGAGUCGAUCUUUGGUUGAAUCUCCUAUGACACUAACCGGAUUGGGGAAAAUAGUGCGUCAACUAGAACAAAGAAUGCGAUUGGUCGG